AACGUCACUUCCGUCGACGUCAGCGGAAACGAAAAACCGGUUGUUUGUUCUAUGGCUUGAAGGGAAGAGGGAAAGGGCAAGGCAAGGAGAAGCGGCGUUCGGCAGUAUUUAUAUCCCGCCCUUCAGCCCUAAAGGCUCUCAGAGCAGCUUAGCGUGAUGUCGAAAUCUCCCACCGUUCUGCUUUGAUUCUAGCGCUAUGAAGGAGGGAGAAAGCCGUCUCAGGAUCAGUGAGACCAAGAGCUGAAGACUGUUCGGAAGAGGCGCGGAGCUUUCCUUGGGGCAGGUCAUGCUGAGGAGCUGCAACCGGUUGAGAAAGGCGCUCAUUCGCGGGACGUUCCCGGGAUGGGAUCUGCAACUAGCAACGUCAGAUGGGGUCUUGCGGGGUUUCUGCAUCCCUCCUGUGUGCAGUGCUGCGAUCCGUCUCUGUCAUUCUGGGAAGCUAAAGGAUUAUUCCCUCCCUAAUUCGAGCUGGAGCCAGGAGAUGAUGGAUCAGUUCAACAAGCUCACAGAGAUGACGAAAGACAAGACGUGGGAAAGGUUGACUUCUUAUCGGCAUACUCUAGCACACUACCCGGAGAGUGUGAAGCAGACGUACAACUUGAGGGACAAAGGCACUCGUCUCUUCCUCAGGAACCUUGACACUGAAGGCAUGGGCUUUGAAUAUGUCAUGUUCCUGAACCGCUCAGAGAAAAAGAUGGCAGGUGUCUUCCAGUUUGGUCCUUAUCUCGAGGGACCCCCAGGAUUUGCACAUGGAGGUUCCAUCGCCACCGUUCUGGACACGGUCCUCGGAUCACUGGCUAUGUGUGUCACUUACAGGGUGAUGACCGCUAACCUCAACAUUAACUAUAAAAGCCCCACCCCACUGGGCUCUGUGGUCCUGGUGGAGAGCAAACUGGACCGAGUGGAGGGCAGGAAGGUGUUUGUCACUGGAGAGAUGCGGAGCGUCGACGGGCGGACUGUUCAUGCAGAUGCCACAGGUCUCUUCAUCCAACUGCAAUCAGUUCCCUCUAGCAACCAAGCAUGAUCCAAGUGACACUCUUGCGCCUCCCAUAAGGAAGCCAUGUCCUCUCCUCUGGCCAGUUGUCUUUGAGCGGAGCCGGUCAGAAUUCCUCAUCAUGCAUUCUCAUCCUGGUUCGAGCAAGAAGCAAAGCCUUUAACGUCACUCACACCAGCUUUUGGGGCAUUCCCUUACACACCCUUGAACCCCAGCUGUGCUGCUUUUUCUAACUAGUAUCCAGUCGGUAUUGGUCUGGUCCUAUUUCGUUACCCAUAGUGAUCUGUGCAAAUCUUGGUAGGUUCACCCUCAGUAUUACAUUUCCAGGAGGCAUUGUUUGGGAGACCUUUUCCAAACUAAGGUAGUCUUCCAUGAUCAUAAAAGAUUACUAAGUCUUCCCUUAAUAACCAACCCUUACUUCUUCAAUAAUUGUCACUGGAAGGAAACCUUCCUACAGGUUGAGUCCCCCUUAUUCAGAAUGCCAAAAUACUCCACAAUUGUCCAUACGAUUGACUGAGAGAGUGACAUCUUUGCUUUCCAAUGGUUCACAUUUGUUUCAAACAUAAAACUUAUUUAAAACAUUGUGUAUAACAUUACCUUCAGGUAAUGUUCAUACUUGGGUCUCAUCUCCGAGACAUCUGCUGAUGUAUAUGCAACUGUUCCAAAAUCCGGAGCAAAAUCAAGAAUCCAAAACAGUUCUAGUCCCAAGCAUUUUGGAUAAGUGAGACUCAAACUAUUACCUUGGUUCCUAGAAAUACAGACCUUUAAUAUAUAUGUUUUCUGGGCGUGGAAAUACAGAUCUUGGAAAUUCAGUACACGUUUCCACACACACACACACAUACAAUAGCUGGGUCUUCCAGAGCAGUGACUUGGACCAAAUAGUAUUAUUUAUAUGUUGUUCUUAAAUAUCCUUCUUAGGAAUCAACCCCUCGCUCAGUCCCUGGGACUGAUGGGAAGGUUUGGACGAUGGAUAAGUAGUAUAUGGAGGCAACUUCUCACCACCAAAGUAUUAUAUGGGCGUGAGUUGUGUGCCCAAGGUAACUGCUUGCAUUAUAGUUGUGCUAAGCAAAGCAGCCUCCAACCAGCUCAGGGCAGUUCAAGGAGAUAUAGUGUGUCCAAAAUAGCAAUUCUUCAAAUGCACGGCUCCACUGAAACACAAUGAGUAUUAUUUGGCACAUUCUGGUAACCUAUUAAAGCAGAAGGGCAGAGGACAAAUGUGCAGCAUCUCUGAUCCCUCAAGGGGCCACAAUGUGUGCAUUUGGGACUGACUUUCCACUUUCGGUCGCUUUCUCAUGUGGUUGUGGCCAAACAACUACAUAGCCAUCUGUUCAAUGGAGCAUUUUCUUUCAGCAUUUGAGGACGGUGGUACUUCCAGGGUAUUCUAGCCUUUGCAUGAAAAGCAAAUUAUUUUUAAUAUUUUGAUUAUUUGCAGGAGCCUAUUUGGGUUAGAGCAUGUUUUAGGCAAAGCAUGGCACCCAGAGCUAUUUCGGGGACUCGUGAUCCCUUGUCAAUUAUUUUAUUUUGCCCCAAAAGGCUUCCCAGUGCCUCUAGAGACCAUUCUAUACCAAGAGUGGCCUUCUUCAGAAACAGAAAGUGACCUUCAAUUCACUUAGUUUUGUUUUAAAAAAGGAUACCUCCUAGGCCUACAGUGUGACCACAAAACAUAUCAAAAAUGCCCCCUGCAACCCUCCAAUGCCCCCUGCAACCCUCCAGUGCCACCCAACAGUUGCCCCGGAUUGCACUAUCGGAAAAGAAAUUUCAACGUGAAUUGAGAUUCUCAAGAAAUUAAUAUUGUGUUUACUUGUUCGAGAAAUCUGCUCCUUCUGGCAGCAACCAGAAGCAAAGGAGAAAUAGGCAACUAAAGUAGGGGCGAGGCAAUUUUGGGCUGUCAUUUUAUUUAUUGUAAAGGAAGAGCCUUUGGAUAGAGGAAUAAGGAAAUACUCAAGGGUUUCCUUCCUCCGAAGCACUUACGUUUUACUGACAGGGUAUAUUAUCUGUAUACUGGUUUGAUUAUUGUAUGUAUAAUUAGAGAUUUCCUUUGGAGGUCUAUGUCAGAGAUUAUAUUUUUGGCCGUAA